AUGACUACUGACAUUUCAACCAAUAGGACCAUCUUGUACGUACAGCCUUCACAACAUUCAUACACCUCUCUUCCGAAUUGUACUCUCCUCUCGGAACCAUGUUCUUCCAUCUCUCAGGCUCUUCUAAAAUUAUCUCAAUUAUUUAAAUUGAAAAUUGUUAAUAGCACUUCUGCUUUGAUUUAUUUAUUAGAAGGAAAUUAUGUUGAAAAUAGCUCAGCUUGUCAAACAAGACAUGGCAUUUUGGAUUCGUAUGAUGAUCUGGUAGUGGCAUCGUAUCCAUACGAUUUUGAAAAUAAUGAUCGACGAAUUCAUAUUGAUUGUCAUCAUGGAGAAUUAUUGACAUAUUUAAGUGCGAGGAGUAUUUUGUUUGAAAAUGUCACUAUUGCAAGAACGAAAUUAUUUGACGAUGGAAGAUAUGUCGUGUUGAAAGUAUCCGAGUUCAAGUUUGAAAGAUGUGAAAUUGAUGAGUUGAUGAUUCAAGCGCCGUAUUACAAGAAGAAUUACAAUGUGACAUUUACACAAUGUAAUGUGACCAAUUCAGAGUUCUAUAAUUUUCUUCGUACUAAUUUUGAACAAAGUACGAUGAAUAAUAUCCUCUUGACGAGUAAUAAGAAUGCCAUGGUUUCCAUACGAAAAUGUCAAAUUCAAAAUUUGAAUUUUAAAUCCGUUCCACAAUCGAUUAAUUCUGUUUUGGAUAUUAAUUAUAGUCAAACCUUUUCGAUCGUGAAUAGUCAAUUUGUGAAUUCGACAUUUCACAUUACAAGAUUUCAAACCAUAGAAUUUAAUGGAGUGAAUUUCGAUGGAUCGACUUCCAUUUAUCAAGCUUAUUCUGGAAUAGCCACUCUUACCAGUGUAGUUUCUACGAAUGGAAAUUUUUAUUUGGAAAGUGCUGGAAUUGAUAGAGUGAUAUUUAGCAAGUGUGAAUUUUCACAACCAAACGAAUUGAAAAACCAGGUUGUUACAGAUAACAAACCAAUUAUUAAGAUAUCUUCAACGUUCUAUUUACAAAUGUCUGCUACAUUCCAAAACCUUCAAACGCCUCCAUUGGUCACAUCUCUUGUCAAUUAUGUCAUACUCUCAGGCUGUAGUUUUAAAAACAACAAGGGAUCAGUAAUGGCUAAUUUUGCAGGUCUACUCGAUUCAGAAAUCAGUCUUCGAGUUUGCACAUUUUCAAAUAACAACAUGGAACAAGGUUUUGGAGGAGCUAUUCACAUUGCUGGCGCUCAACGUUGCACUCUCGAACAAUGCAUGUUUGACGGAAAUACUGCAUUACAUGGAGGAGCCAUGUAUCUCGAUAGUAAUUAUGUUUUUAUGGAAAGUGCUGCUUUUCUUAACAAUAUUGCCACACGGAAUGGUGGAGCUCUCUAUUUCAAAAAUCGUAAUUCCUAUCAAUUUUCUAAUUUAGGAUCAUUUUAUAAGAAUAAUACUGCAUUUCAAGGAGGAGCUCUCUAUAUUGAACCUAUGGAACCUUUGAAAAACAAUGCAGCUUUUCUUAGAGGCUUUCACUCCUGUAGUAACAAUACAGCUCUUUAUUCUGGAGGAUGUAUCUACUCAACCAUGUUAGAUAUGAACGAUAAUUAUGACAAAUACUUGUCAUCAAAUAUUGGAAAUACGGCAAGAUCUUAUGGUCCAUUUAUUGGAGGACCGUUAUCGAAUGUACACUUUCAAAUGGUGAUCCAGUAUGACAGCAAUGACGAUAGGGUCAAUGUGACACGAAUUUUAUAUCCACAACAAGCACUUGCAUGGAAAGUCUAUCCAGGUCAAGUGAUUCCAAUUAUUAGAAUUCAACAAAUUUCAAAUAAUGGAACUGAAAUGUUGAAUUAUUUGCAACAUCCCGUCAAGUUAGAACCGAGACAUGUAGAUUCCAUGAUUCAUUCAGACUCAUCGACAAACAAUAAUGAAUUAAUAGGAUUGUCACUUUCCAUUUUCUCGAACACUUCAACAAAAAUUGAAGCAACUUUGAUUAUUGAAAAAUAUUACAAAUUGAAUGUCACGAUUCACAUUUUGGAAUGUCCAGAUGGAUAUAAAUUGACACAACCAUUCUCCUACGGUUAUGUCUGUCUCAAGAAUGAAAUCAUCAACUCCAAUGAUCAAUUAUUGAAAAUUGUCAUUCCCGUUGCAGUCAUUUCUGGAGUAUUUUUAGCGUUAAUCUUAGGAUUACUUUUACUGGUGAUUAUCAAAGUAGUACGAAAUAUUUAUUUGAAACUUCAAAUGUUGAAACGAAAAGUCAAAGCAGAAAAAUCAUUGGAAUCGAAAAUUAUUGACAAGAAGGUGAUUUUCUCAGAAAUCAAAACUCCCUUAUUAAUCAAUGGCAGUGGCGAUUAUACACCAUUACUUCGCUCCAAGGAAAAGAAAAAUCAUCCUUCUCUUAUUAUUCCAAUUGAGGACAUUGAAAUUGUGAAAAAGAUUGGAGAAGGAAGUAACGGAACUGUCUAUCAAGGAAAAUGGAACAACAAAGAUGUCGCUCUUAAAACACUCAAAUUCGAUGACCAUGACAUGGGAGAAGAAUUUGAAAAAGAAGCAGCCAUGUUAAGUGUGGUCAACCAUCCUUCCAUUGUCAAAUUGUAUGGCAUUUCUCUCUCUGGAUCUCGCAAAUACAUUGUCGUUGAGUUUUUACCGAAAGGAAGUUUAGACAAACUCAUUUAUGGAUGCAAAAUGAAAAUUGAAUUUUUGACACUUGCUCAAAAAAUUAACAUUUUAUUGGGAAUUGCAAAAGGAAUGGCUUAUUUGCAUUCAUUGAAGCCACCCAUCAUUCAUCGAGAUUUGAAACCAGGAAAUAUAUUAAUUGAUGAAGAAUAUAAUGGAAGAGUAUGUGAUUUUGGACUUUCGAAAAUUAUGGGAAAUAGUGCGGCUGCAACCAAACAUAUUGGAACUGUGUUUUAUAUGGCAAGAGAAAUGGUGGACGACAAUCCAAAAUAUUCUCCAAAAAUCGACGUUUACAGUUUUGGAAUUAUCAUGUGGGAAUUAUUUUUUGAAGAAAAUCCUUACAUGAAUGACAAGUCUGCAAAAAUUCACAGAUUCCACUCUGCAUCAUCUGGUGAAAAUGAAUAUAAUAUAUUAUUACAUGUCUUGAGAGGAGAACGACCGAAAAUUCCAUUCCUAACUCCACAAGAAGAAGAAAUUUGGUUGAAAGAAUAUGUUCAACCGUAUCAGAGCGAGUAUAGCAUGUCUAAAUUAGUUCAACUUACGAAUGAAUAUAUCGAGUUGAUGAAAAAGUGUUGGGAUUCAGAGGCAGAGAAACGACCAGAGUUUUCUGAAAUUGUGCAAGUGUUGAAACGUGUGGCAAAAAUGUUGUGA